AUGCAGUGGGCUAUUAUCAAAGUUCUUAGUGCAUAUUUAACGAUGGCAAAUAUCAAUUUUAUUCGUCAUAGGUUUGGCCUUUACGACGAAGUGUGCACCUCGGGGGGAGUUCAGGUCCGACAUUGCAAUUGGGUUCGAUUCUUACGGGUCUCCGAAAAUUAUGGACCUCAGGUGAACCUCGUGUGCACAAAGGUGAAAGGUGAACCUGUCUACGAGGCAGUGAAGCCGGUAUCUCCUCAUACGGAACUAGUGGUCUACUACUUGCCCGAAAGACCAGAAGAACUUUUCUUUGUCAGAAUGAGAAAUAAUUUGUAUCGACAGACGAUGGAUUCAAUUUUAGAAGAUUCACCCUUAGAUCUGUCCACAUCGCUCCUAUCUCGAGUUCUAUUGCCCAUAUCACCGCCAUCGGGACCUGAAGAUGAGCAUAAAUCAGUCUCCGGUGACUCAAUGGCAUCAUCCUCGGCGGGAUCAUCGAACGAAUUGUUGGACAUGACUCCAAAAAUUCAAAGAAGGCCAAUGAAAUCAGAAAGAGCUUUAUUGCCGUGCGAAGUCUGUGGAAAAGCUUUUGACAGACCCUCCUUGUUAAAAAGGCAUAUGAGAACGCAUACCGGUGAAAAACCUCACGUGUGCAUGGUCUGCAACAAAGGCUUUAGUACAUCAAGUAGUUUAAACACCCACCGAAGGAUACAUUCGGGGGAAAAGCCACACCAAUGUCAGCACUGCGGCAAGAGGUUCACAGCCAGCUCCAACCUUUAUUACCACAGAAUGACGCAUAUAAAGGAAAAGCCACAUAAAUGCAGUCUUUGCUCCAAGUCCUUUCCUACGCCGGGCGACCUCAAGUCUCAUAUGUACGUCCACAGCGGGUCCUGGCCGUACAAGUGUCAUAUCUGUUCCAGAGGUUUCUCCAAACAUACAAACCUGAAAAACCACCUUUUCUUGCAUACGGCUAAACAUCAAAGGAACACGGCGAAAGAUGCUACUUGA